GUCAUUUGACAUCUGAGGGAAAAAACCCUAAACGACUAAGGUGAGAGCGAAGAGAGGGAAAACAGGAAUCGAAGAUGGUUGGACUUCCGUACGAUUGCCUUUUGAAUCCGCUCGGAGCAGUGCGAUUGACGUUCGAGAAGGCCGUGUCGUCCGGUUCCGCUGCGGCAGUGCUAGAUGGCAAGGACUGGGGAGCCACCGAGCUUUUCCGUCAAUUUCUUCUCGAUGAAGAUGGUCUCUCUAAGGUGCCCUUGCUUGAUCAAUCAACAAUUAAAUGGGUUAAGCCUAAUACUCUUGUUCGUUUUCGGGGUAUGAUACAGGAUAUGUUGGGGAAUGAGUACUAUGUUGGUGCUUAUAAGGAUGGCGAUACUUGGAAAACUAAUAAGUUUGCUGAUGCUUCCCGAUCACCUAUUGACUCUUCAUCUGAUAUGAAAAUAUGGGAGCGUCGUCUGCUUUACUGUGUUCCUGUCCCAGGCCAGAGUUCAUGGAUUGAAUCUCCACAAGCUAUGAAAAAUUUGUUUACAGAUACUGUAUCUCCGCAUAGAGAAAAGAGACAUAGGGAGGAUCCUGCCACCUUCAGUGAUGUUGAGAUGGCGGUACAUUACUCAUCUGAUCCGAGUCAUGAUGCUCCCGAGGACUCUCCAAAUUCUAAAAAGAUGAGGAAUGAUGAAUUGGCUGCCAGUUCUUCAAGCCCGCCUAAGAUUGCAACUGAAGAAACUGCAUUUGGUUCUAGUCUGUGUCCUGAUAUUGGAAAAAAUAAUUUCCCCUGUUUAGUUAAGAUAUAUGAUUCUCCAGAAUCCGAGUUGAAGCUAAAUGAUGUUGUUGAGUUUGUGGGCAUCUUCACUUUUGAUCCGGACCUUGCUUUAGCCAGAGAUGAUCCUGAUGAAAUCACCAAUGACUUUUGUGAAGAUGCAUUAGUAUAUCUGCCUCCUUCCAAGGUGCCUCGUCUUCACUGUGUUGCACAUCGGAAACUGCUAGUUAAUGAUUUCCUUCCUGGUCUACCCUUUGAGUUAACUCCCAGUGCAGUGAAAGAAGUUAGGGAAGCCCUUAUCGGACACUUCACGGCUGUUCUUGGAAAUGACAGGGUUGCAGCUGAGUACAUGUUGUUGCACCUAUUAUCCCGAGUCCAUGCUAGAAUAGAUUCACUUGCUGUUGGGAAACUAUCUUUGAAUCUUACUUGUUUUAACAAGGAAAGCACCUCUGUUUUCGGGAAUCAACUCAAACAUGCAAUUGAAACCCUUCUGCCUUUCACACAAUCCUUGCCCCUUACCGUGGAUUAUCUCAACACGGCUACACUUGCUCCGAGGAAGGACUACAAAACAAAUAGACUGGUACCCGGCAUUUUGCAGUUAGCUGAUGGCUCUCACUUAACCAUCGAUGAGACCUCGUUGCAAACUGGCACACUUAACUCAACAGGGUGCGAAAAUGCACGCAUAUUGAAAACCGUGAUGGAGUCCCAAAAGGUUGAGUAUGAUUUCACAUACUAUAAAAUGGAGAUGGCCUCGGACAUUCAGCUGCUAAUCUUAUCCGAAGCAAAGUCAAACAUCCUACCUGCCGACCUGGUUCUCCCCUUCUGUCCAUCUUCAGUAAACUCAAAUCUUGAAGUUUCUGAAGAAAUGCGGAAAGCAUGGAGAUGGUAUCUGGCCACCAUGAAGUCUCUACCUCAUACAAUCGAGCCGCAAAUGCAGAAGGUCCUUGAAGACGACUUAGUUGCUGCCCGGCAAUCCGAUAGGAGCUUGGGCAGUGAAGACUUCAGCAGAUGGCUUACAAUGGGGAGGCUAAUGUCUGUUAGUUUUGGAGAGAGAUGCUUGUCGAAACAGCACUGGGAAAUGGUGAAAGAAUUAGAGAGGCUGAGGAAGGAGAGACUCCCAAGGUAACUCUAAUAAACUUUAAAUGUCCAUUUCUAUUACAAGUAUAAUAAAGUUUGUAGAUUAUAGUUAGCUAUGAACCAAAUUUCUUAUCAAUGAUUUGAGUUAUGGGCUUUCUUUCUAAUGAUUUGGAAAUUAUUCAACAGUUAAUUAUGUAGAUAUAUGUAUUUUUGAGCAGUGUUUGAAGGUAAUUUACUAUUUGAGAUCAUCAUCAUCCUCCUCCUUUAUAAGAGCUUCUGCUUAUCCUAUCUUAUACUAUUAUAUAUUUUUUUUACAGAAAUUAAGUUUCAAUGUAAAUUAAUCAAUCCCAUUAGAUGUUUGAAGGAUGGUGUUAAAUUAAAUAUCCUGUUCAAUUUGCUUAUCUUGUCUCAGGUUGUUGUGGUUUAUAAUA